AUGGUUGCCGACGCUCUUGUCUAUCACCCUGCGCUGGCGCACUACUUGCGCUUCGUCGCAACCACAGUCGGCCGCGACAAACUCCUCCGAACAAUCCAAUACUUCUCCCGCUUCUAUGCCUGGUACCUCUACCGCACAAACAAGCCCCAAAGCGCCAUCGAGCCCUUCAACGCAGUGAAGAAGCAGUUCGGCACGACGCGCAAGAUCCUCCGCAUCGGCAAAUUCAUUGAGCACCUCAAGGCGGCCUCCAUCGCCCUGGACAACAAGAGCCCCGUCGACCCCGUGCUGCGCUACCUGGCCAUCGGUCGUCAGCUCGGCUAUGCCGGCUACCUGACCCUCGACACGGUCACCGUCAUUGACGUGAUCGGCGUUCGGAAGCUGGCUUCCGCGAAGCGGCUGCAGGAGUCCGCCUACAAGGCUUGGGCGGCUGGUCUGCUUUGCAGUGCCGUGGCCGGCAUUUACACCUUGUACGGUCUGCAGCAGAAGGAGAAGACCAUUGACCGGAAGGAGGGCGAGGGUGUUGUGGAGGCGAAGAAGAUCGAGAAGGAGCGCUCCGCUGCUCGGAUACAGCUCAUCUCUGACCUGUGCGACUUGGCUGCCCCUGCUUCUGCUGUCGGUUGGGUGGCUCUGGAUGACGGCAUCGUCGGCAUCACGGGUACCAUCAGCAGUUUGAUUGGUGUCUGGUCCCAGUGGCGCAAGACCGCAUGA